AUGUCCAUCCCAAUACCAAACGGUCUUACUGGGGGAUGUCUAUGCAAGGAAAUCCAAUACACUAUUGAGAUACCAAAGGACAUCUCCUGGCCUCCAGAUCCUCACACUUGCUGGUGCACUCAAUGCCGCAAAGCAGCCGGUUCUAUCAUCGCCCACUUGAUCACCUUCGACCCAUCCACGGUGAAAUGGAACGGAACGCCCACCGAGUUCGAGUCCAGCGCUCAAGGACGCCGUGGAUUCUGUCCUAAGUGUGGUACAAGCCUGUAUUUCAGAGACAUAGGGCUACCAGCCGAGAUCGAGAUAUGUACUGGCUCACUCGAUGAGGAUAUACUGGAGAAUCCUCAGCUGGCAAAGGACCUUUGCGAUCCUAGCUGUGGGCGUUUCUGGUGCAAGAGGGAGAUCAAGAGCACCAUCUACGAAAAUUCAGCUGGUAAACGAUGGCUGGAGGGAAGCAAGUCACGGCUCAUGUAUAAUGGAGAGUAG